AUGGAGUCGAUCUUGGAUUUUUCAACAGAUUUGGACGUCAAUUUGUUUGAUCAAUGCGUAGAUGCCUUCUUUAAAGGAUCUGGCGAAAAUCAGAAAAAGGCACAAUCAAUUUUAAAUCAGUUUCAAGAGCAUCCCGACUCGUGGAAAUUUGUCGAUAAUAUCCUCUCAAAUUCAACUAAUUCUCAAUCCAAAUAUAUAUCACUAUCCUGCUUAAACAAACUAAUCCAGUUUAGAUGGAAAACAAUCCCAGAAGACGAAAGGGUCGGAAUAAGGAAUUUCGUCGUCAACAUGAUCAUAUCAUUGUGCAACAAUGAAUCCGAAUUUGAAACUCAAAGAGCCUUGAUAAACAAAAUCGAUUUGACCUUGGUGUCAAUUUUGAAACAGGAGUGGCCUCACAAUUGGUCAGAGUUUGUACCGGAAAUCGUCGCAAGUUCUAGAUCUUCUUUCAACGUUUGUGAAAAUAAUAUGAUCAUCUUGAAAUUAUUGGGCGAGGAAGUAUUCGACUAUAGCCAGGACCAACUAACUCAAGCAAAAGCUCAACAGUUGAGAACUAGCAUGAAAAAUGAAUUUGAAAAAAUUUUCAAGUUGUGUUACGAAGUGUUGGAUAAAACUACAAAGUCUUCUUUGAUCAUUGCAACUUUGAAUGCUCUAUUAAAGUACAUUCAGUGGAUUCCCGUAAAUUAUAUAUACCAAACAAACUUGUUGGAGAUAUUGUCAACUAAAUUUCUUACCCCAAUGGAUACCAGAGCUAUCGCGUUAAAGUGCUUAACCGAGACAAACUCGUUACCCGCUGAAAACGAAAAGACCUUGUUAUAUUUCAAAAAUGCCUUGGAGCAAAUUUAUUCAAUUGUACCUGUUUCGUCAAACUUGAAAGAAAGCUAUAAAACCGCGUCUUCGGCAGACCAGUCCUUUUUGCAAGAUUUAGCUAUGUUCUUGUGUUCAUAUUUGAGUAAGCACUUGGGCAUCUUGGAAAGACAUGAAAAUGCCAAAGACUUGUUACAAAAUGCAUUGUUUUAUUUGUUAGAAUUGUCGAGAAUUGAAGAAAGAGAAUUGUUCAAGACUUGUCUAGAUUUUUGGCAAGUUUUCGUUUACCAAUUGUUUAUAGAGACAAGAGAGUUACCAAGCAACGAGUUGAGUCCAAUGAUGCAAUUGACCUAUGGAAACAGUUUGAGACCUGGCUCUUCGGGAGGUGCUCCUGAUCCAGCGCUUUUGGCUAAAUUCCCAUUGAGGCAACAUCAAUAUGCAGUAAUCUUGUCCAAGCUUAGAUUGGUAAUCAUUGAGAAUAUGGCGAGACCAGAAGAGGUUUUAAUCGUUGAAAAUGAUGAAGGUGAGAUUGUACGUGAGUUUGUUAAAGAGAGUGACACUAUCCAGUUGUAUAAAUCAAUGAGAGAAGUCUUGGUGUAUUUGACACACUUGAAUGUCAUUGACACUGAACAAAUCAUGAUUGAAAAAUUGGCUCGACAAAUAGAUGAGAGUGAAUGGUCCUGGCAAAACAUCAAUACCUUAUGUUGGGCUAUUGGAUCUAUUUCAGGUGCUAUGAAUGAGGAUAUGGAAAAGAGAUUUUUGGUCAAUGUAAUCAAAGAUUUAUUAUCCUUAACCGAAAUGAAAAGAGGUAAGGACAACAAGGCUGUUGUUGCUUCUAACAUCAUGUACAUUGUUGGCCAGUACCCAAGAUUCUUGAAAGCUCAUUGGAAGUUUUUAAAAACUGUCGUAAACAAGCUUUUUGAGUUUAUGCAUGAAACUCAUGAAGGUGUGCAAGAUAUGGCUUGUGAUACAUUUAUCAAAAUCACAAACAAGUGUAAAAGACAUUUUGUAGUGAUACAACAAAAUGAAAGGGAACCAUUUAUUAAUGAAAUAAUAAGAGAAAUACAAUCUAUAACAGAAGAUUUACAACCUCAACAGGUGCAUACGUUCUAUGAGGCAUGUGGUAUAAUUGUUAGCGCUCAAAACGAUAAAACAGCUAGGGAGAAAUUACUUGGCGAUUUGAUGGCUUUGCCCAAUAUGGCGUGGACGGCAAUCACCCAACAAGCCGGCCAAGAUCCAACAUUAUUAACAAAUACAGAAACAGUCAAGAUUAUUGCCAAUAUAAUCAAGACCAAUGUUGCUGUUUGUGAAGCUUUAGGUCCUGCAUUCUAUUCACAGUUGGGCAGAUUGUACGUGGAUAUGUUGUCUUUAUACAAAGCUGUCUCAUCGAUGAUAUCCGAUGCUGUAGCGCAAGAUGGCAUCAUUGCUACAAAAACGCCGAAAGUGAGAGGUUUGCGUACUAUCAAAAAGGAGAUAUUAAAAAUGAUUGAAACAUACAUCAACCAAGCUGAUAAUUUAGAAGAAAUAGUUCGAGAUUUAACUACUCCGUUAUUUAGUGCUGUAUUGGAAGAUUAUAGUUCCAACGUUCCAGACGCGAGGGAUGCUGAGGUAUUAAGAUGUUUGACUGCACUAACCGCGAAAGUUGGCCAUUUGAUACCAGAUGGGGUUGUUUUGAUAUUGCAAAAUGUAUUUGAAUGCACCUUGGACAUGAUCAAAAAUGACUUUGUUGAGUAUCCAGAGCAUAGAGUUGAAUUUUACAAGCUUUUGAAAGAGAUCAACCUGAGGUCGUUCCAAGGAUUACUACAAUUGUCAGGAGAUGCUUUCCAAUCAUUGAUCAAUGCUGCGCUAUGGGCGUUUAAGCACAACAAUCGCGAUGUCGAGGACAAUGGAUUAUCUUUGACUUUGGACUUGAUUGAAAACGUUGAGCAAUUGGGCGAUACGCCAUUUACCAAAGCUUUUUACGAUAAUUUUUAUUUCCAAAUUUUAUCGGAUACUUUUUACGUCUUUACUCAGCCGGACCACAAGGCUGGGUUUGGAUUCCAAGCACGGCUAUUGGCCCAGUUGAUCCAUCUAGUUCAAGAUGAGGUUAUAAAAUAUCCACUCUACACUCCCGACCAAGCACCUCAAGGCACAUCCAACUCCGAUUUCCUCAAACAGUACCUUUCACAGUUGUUAUCAUCUGCAUUUGACAAUUUGCAGCCGGAACAAUUAGUCAGUUUCCUUAAGGUACUAACUUCUGUGUAUAAUGAUCUAACCAAAUUCAAAGCAACAUUGAGAGAUUUCCUUGUCCAAUUAAAACAAUUUGGAGGUGAUCCAACCGACUAUUUGUUUGCCGAAGACAAAGAAAUGGAAAAACUCGAGAGCGAUAAGAAACGAAGAGAACAAGAUUUACAAGUUGGCGGGUUAAUCAGACCAUCAGAAAUGGAUGAUGAUUGA